AUGCAUCCAGAAGGUACUGGAUUUGAAGACAUGAGCUAUACUGUGUUGAAACGGAAAAGCGGAUUUUCACAGACACGAUUCGAAUUCUUCUUAUGGUCUGGAGAAGAAAAACGAAAGGAUUUGGACAGUUUCACUGAGGAUGAGCACAAGGUCUUGAAAACGGAACAAGUUCUAUGUGAAGCAUUGCUCGCUGACAUGCUAGCUCAGGAACAGAAACUGUUGGAAAUGCUCGAAAAUAAGAAUGAUGAUGACUCAGCUCAUCUGGUCGACAUCAAAAGAGGAAUCAAGAAAUUGAACGAACUUUUCUCUGAAGUUGCAGAUGGUGAAGAAGAAGAAAUCGACAACACAAAACCAUAUGUACACAUGUCUGUGUCAUGGAAAGAAAUACUGGAUCAAAAAAUAAAAAAUGCUCAAGUCAAAGUGGAGAUGUUCAAUGUGCAUGAGAGAAUCGAAACAAUCAAACAAAGAUAUGAGAAACCUGACGGAGUCAAAAUGGAACAACUAGAAUCAAUAUGGGCUGAAUGCAUCAAUGUGAUCAAGAAAUUGGAGAGCAUCCCUUUGAGAGGAUUCCAAGUUUUCGUAGUUCAAAAUGUUAUCGAUUUCAUAAAAAAUAAGAAAUUCCAAUUCAAACCAAUCACGUUGCCGAUCUAA